UCAAACCAAAUGAACAAAAUCGAGAACCGAAUACACAGCUAUAUAUAUACUUUCUCAAAAUCCAAAAUUUUAAGAUUAUCCAAAAUUUCCAAAUAAUGAUUUAUGCGAUCGUGAUACACAUACUGUCCCUUCUGGUGGGCUGUUUCUAUCCAGCAUUCGCGUCCUACAAGAUCCUGAAAAGUCAGAAUUGUAGCGUCAAUGAUCUUCGCGGAUGGUUAAUCUACUGGAUUGCCUAUGGAGUUUAUGUGGCCUUUGAUUAUUUCACAGCGGGUCUGCUGGCAUUUAUUCCAUUGCUAAGUGAGUUCAAGGUGCUUCUCCUGUUCUGGAUGUUGCCCUCUGUGGGCGGCGGCAGUGAGGUGAUCUACGAGGAGUUCCUGCGAUCCUUUAGCUGUAACGAAUCCUUCGACCAGGUCCUGGGACGUAUCACCUUGGAAUGGGGCGAAUUGGUGUGGCAACAAGUUUGCUCCGUUCUUAGCCAUUUGAUGGUUUUGGCAGAUCGCUAUCUCCUGCCCAGCGGUCAUCGUCCUGCCCUCCAAAUAACGCCCAGCAUCGAGGAUCUGGUCAACGAUGCCAUAGCCAAAAGGCAGUUGGAAGAGAAGCGGAAACAGAUGGGUAACUUAUCUGAUACCAUCAACGAGGUUUUGGGAGAAAAUAUCGAUUUAAAUAUGGAUCUGCUGCACGGAUCCGAAUCUGAUUUAUUGGUUAUUAAGGAGCCUAUUUCCAAGCCCAAGGAGAGACCAAUACCGCCGCCGAAGCCAAUGCGUCAGCCAUCAUCAAGCAACCAGCAAGAAAUGAAUCUUUCGUCGCAGUUUAUGUGACAUCAAUUGAUAUCCUCAAUAUGUCAGGCGGAAGUUGUCAAAGUUCAGAGCUUUCAAAAAGCAUACAUCUCAGAAAUAAACUAACCUUACCGCAAUAAAGUUUAUACAAAAAAAGC